GUUAGUGUUAACUUUUGACACAUCAUGGAUCACCUGGUGAAGCUCCAGAGGAGUAUUGAUGGCAUGAAGGCCAUGUUCGAGACUCGAAUGGCCACCUUUGAGAGCUCUGUGGCCACCCAGGGUACAGAGGCGCUGCCAGACGAGUAUAGUGCCUUUAAAAACUUUAUGUUGAAAGCUGUAUCAAGUCUCCAGGACCAAAUGGAAUUUGUGUUGAGAACCCUUGAAGAGAUGGAGUCCCGUUCUCGAACCAACAUUCUUCUGCUUCAUGGUGUGCCCGAGGCACAGGGCGAGGACACCUCGUCUGCAGCGGUGGACAUUCUCCGACAGACUUUAAAGGUGGACGGAAUAACUCUCAUGGCUUGCUAUCGGCUGGGCAGGAAUCUGAUACCAUCAAAGCCACGGCCUAUCCUUCUUAAGUUCGGCUGCCACAGGACUAGAGAUGCAGUCUGGGCUGCUAAGAAGCUGUUGAAGGGCUCAGGCAGAACUCUUUCCGAGUUUCUUACUAGCACCCGGCAUGCAGUUUUUCUGGAGGCCCGCAAGCAGUAUGGUGUUAAGGGCAGCUGGACAAGUGAUGGGCGCAUUGUGGUGCAGUGCCACGACGGGGUGCGCCGUAAAGUUGUUACGCUGGCCGAGUUGGAAGCGUUACCGGCCCCGCCAAGUGCUGACGGAGUCGUUGGAGGAGUGCGGACUGAGACGGAGGCGGCGGCAGAAGGGAAGGCAUCGCCGGCGGUGGUGGCGCCGAGGCCACCACGCCAGGCGAGGUUUACUGCGGGCUCCGGUGUCGGCAAGCGUUGA